UUUUAUUUUUGGCCAGUUGCGCAUUGCUUUCUCUUGCGUUGCCCUUGCGUUCGUUUCAUUAUCGCUCGUCGCGUGUAUAGCUUACAUUCGAAACUGAAAACCGUAAAAAAUAGUUCAUAUUUCUGCAGUUAUCUGGAGAAAGUGCGUUAUCAGAAACACCCGAUUAUCUAAUCACCGCAGAGAAGCUACAAUCGCAGUGGGCCAGUCAGCUGCUGUCAGGCCAGACUCUCGCUAGCCCGCUCCCACUCUCAGCUGAAACAACGCGCUCUCUCGCGCCUCCUGACGUUUCUUUUGCACGUUCUCAUUUUUGCUAAGAUUCUCACACUGGCGGGUGCGGGCGACAAGGGCUCCUUCAACUAUUCGACGAUGCUCAAGUUUUUGUUAACAUUUGGCGCCGGUGCUUAUACGGGUAUCUACAUCUCACAAAACUAUGAGGUUCCCCGGGUAGAUGAUCCGCAGAAGUUGAUACAGCGUCUCAACGAGAAAGUAAAGGAACUGGUGGACCAAAGCAAGAACAAAUCACCCGGCGAGAAACUAGUGGAUGACAUCAAAAAAGAAGCCAAGAAAAUACUAGACGACUGACUGCAAAAAUAGGUCCACACUUUCAGUUUAAACAGAUUUAUCUAUGAUCAAAUAAAGCAAAGCUACAUGACUAGACGAA